AGAAAGAAGAGGAACAACAUAGCUAAACACUUACCUACAUAUUCGUCGUACCUAGCUAGACUGGAACUACUACAUAUUCGUCGUACCUAGCUAGACUGGAACUAUAAGGCAGCAAAGUUAUAAAUUACAUUGUAUCCCUAUAUAUAUGUUGUUUAUAGUUUUAAACAUUCUAUUGAAAAGAAAAAAAGAUAACUUUUUACAAUAAUUCAAUUUUGAGUCGCCUGCUGCUGUUUUCUAUCUCACACCUCAGUAUCAUGGAGGAAGAAGCAGCUUUUAUGGAAUCGGAAGCUUUGAAGAGGAUCAAGAGCAGCUGGGUCCUCCGACCAACCCAGCCUCUGAAGACGAGGCCCUGUGGCCUGCGGCGCAAGGCAACGUGGAUAUUGGUGGGAGUUGUGAUUGCCGUGGUUCUCACGGCAAGGCUCGCGACUCUUUCACCACACCAGCACAAGGAGGAGCAGACUCCGACUCCGGAUGAGUACCUCGUUCCUCUCCGGAAAGCGCUCACCUUCUUCAACGCGCAGCGAUCUGGACACUUGCCCGAGGUGAACGGUGUACCAUGGAGGAGCGAUUCCGGUCUUCAGGACGGGAGCAGCCACAGUCAUCUGGUAGGAGGCUACUACGACGGUGGAGAUGCCAUCAAAACAAGCUUCACCAUGUCUUUUGCGACAUUGCUCAGCUGGAGCGUCAUUGAGUACAGCUCGAAAUACGAAUCGGCUGCGGAACUACGUCACGUUCAAGAAGUAAUCAGAUGGGGAACUGACUACUUCCUUGAGAGUUUUGAUAGCAAUGCUGAUACACUCAACGAAAUGGUGUCACAGAUCGGAUCUGGAGCAAGUGCAGGGCCUAAUGACCGCUACUGUUGGAUGCGCCCUGAGGACAUUGAUUACCCGAGGCCUGUAACUCGAUGUUUCACUGACUGCUCGGACCUCGCCGCAGAGAUGGCAGCGGCUCUUGCUUCGGCAUCUAUAGUACUCAAGGAUGAUAAGGAGUACUCCCAGAAGCUUCUUCGUGGUGCCAAGGCUCUCUACAAGUUUGCGGAGUCUAUGAGUUCAACACGCUCUACCUCCGGCGAGUAUUGGGAUGAACUCAUAUGGGGUGGCGCGUGGCUCUACUAUGCGACUGGUGAUUUAGGCAUUCUUGAUCGGGUAACAAGCCCGGCUCUGGCUGCUCGCGCAUCCGCUGCAUCGUCUAACGACGGCGUGCUUGGCUGGGACACCAAACUCGCCGGGGCUCAGCUGCUGUUGACGCGGUUGAGGGUGUUCCUCCGCCCUGGAUAUCCAUACGAAGAAACGUUGAGCGAUUUUCAUAAUCAAAUCGGCGUUGUUAUGUGCUCCUACUUACCUUAUUUCAACAAGUUUAACCGAACCAAAGGAGGAUUGAUUCAGCUGAACCACGGAGAUCCACAGGUGCUCCAAUAUGCUGCGAAUGCUGCAUUCCUAGCGGUGCUAUACGGUGAUUAUCUAGAUGCUGCUGAUGUUCCGGGAUGGUACUGUGGUCCUUCCUUCUAUUCUACUCGUGUCUUGCGCGAGUUUGCCAGAUCGCAGGUUGAUUACAUACUCGGCAAAAACCCUCCGAACAUGAGUUAUGUUGUGGGUUUUGGGGAGCGGUACCCGAAACAUGUGCAUCACAGAGGAGCUUCGAUUCCAAGCAACCGGAAAGAGAGCUGCGAAGGAGGCUGGAAAUGGAAAGAGUCCAGCAACGAAAACCCAAACACCAUCCAAGGAGCCAUGGUUGCUGGACCAGACGAGGAGGACGGCUUCCAGGACCUGCGUACCAACCCCAACUACACCGAACCGACUCUAGCAGGCAACGCGGGUCUCGUCGCCGCUCUGGUUGCCCUGUCCGGAGAGGCAAAGGUGUUUGACAAAAACACUCUUUUCUCUGCCAUACCGCCGCCCUACCCGGAGGCACCGCCGCCACCAGCGCCGUGGACGCCAUAAGUUAGAUACGAAGAAUAAACAGUAGUCCUGUUCGUUUCCUUAUCUGGACACAGUGCCUGGAUAAGCAUUCAGAUACCAUAUUUAGAAGCAGUAUCCAAAUAUUUUUAGUUUGUGUUUUUGAUUAAUGUAUCUAAAAAUUACAACUGGAUACAUUCAUGUUUGUUUGUGUAUCUAUAUUUACAUCUGGAUAAUAAAAUGAUUGACGUAUUUUAC